CUCGGUUAGCAGCUGGCUUUGAAAUCGAGGGCGGGGAUGCCUGCAAAAGCAAAAACGCACCAACUUAGCUUUUUGAAACCAGCCUAGCUCAGGUUCUUUUCUAAAGCAAACUUGUGCUCAUUUGCAUAAUCACACCGUGAUGUAUAUAAGUGAUAAAUCUAAAUGUUGACCUGCACAAUCUCUUCGGAGUUUACAAGAAAAGGUAGACCUAAUCUGGAACCAAGUGUGUGAUAUAUUCGGCUUUAAUUUCAUUAACUCGAUAAGAGUACCCUUUCAUACAGAGAUGCCUAGAUCAUUUCUAGUCAAGAAAGUCGCAAGUAAAAAGGUUGUAUAUGCUGGUAGCAGAGACGUUGACAUACAAAGUCGAAUUGGAAGCGCGUUUACACCAGUAGCACCUCGUGCAAAAGACGUAACACGUGACUAUGAGCCGUGGGAAAGAGGAACAUUCAGGCCCUAUGAAGACCCUGCAGUACCCCCUAAACAGCUAAGCCCGACGCUAGUGAUUUCUACUAAACUUGCACAACUCUCAGGAAAGUCAGUCGAGAGGCAAGCAUCUCCCUCGCCAAGCCAAAGAUGGCCUUCCGAAAUCACAUCCUACAAUAUCCCAUCUCCACCGGCAAAUGGUGUUAUUAGCCGUGAAAUGAUGGAACUUCUGAAGGAUGGCAGUUUAAGUUACACCGACGUGUACCGUGCUCGUUUUGCACAACUUGAGGACAUUUUAAGUUCUGUGUCGUCUGAUGAAUUAAAUUGGUACAGGCAGUCAUCGCUCAGCAUACCGUCACCUUAUACCACAGCUAUGCUACCCAGAGAUAUCGCACUCACAGUACCGGCCCAGCAACGUUAUUCCGCCGAUUUAGACGAAAUUAGCCCACUGACUCACAGACCAAGCGCGCAUCAUCAAGGCACUUUCAGGUGUUUAGACUGUACAAAAGUUUUUAGCACACCGCACGGACUUGAAGUGCACGUACGGCGGUCGCACAGCGGCAAACGGCCGUUUGCGUGCGAGAUUUGCCACAAGACCUUUGGCCAUGCCGUGAGUCUAAAUCAACACAAGGCGGUACACAGUCAAGAUAGGACAUUCCAAUGCAAGGAGUGUGGAAAAAGCUUCAAGCGUUCGUCAACUUUGUCAACGCACAUGCUAAUACACUCGGACACUAGACCGUAUCCAUGCGAAUAUUGUGGCAAGAGAUUUCACCAGAAGUCGGACAUGAAGAAACACACGUACAUUCAUACAGGAGAGAAGCCCCAUAAAUGUCUAGUCUGUGGUAAAGCGUUCAGCCAGUCGUCAAACCUAAUCACACACAGUCGAAAACACACCGGUUACAAGCCGUUCGGUUGCAAGAUCUGCGGAAGAGCAUUUCAACGAAAAGUCGACCUUAGACGACAUUUUGAGACCCAGCAUCCCGACCAAGAGCGACCAGUGAUAACUUCUAGGCCCCCUGCCAUCACCACUAUUAACGUUCCUGUUAUAAACACUGAUAUCAUGAAAGCCUAGCUGUCAAGAAAAUUGUAAACAGAAACACAAGCAACAUUCCAACCAAACAAAAGGCUAUUGUAAAAAUUCAUAAAUGUAAGCCAUAUUUUUUGUUAGGUCAUUAAAUUAUAUUUCUCAAAUAACUUCGAAUUUGAUUCAAAUUAUUCAUUUUAACGCUGAAACGAACUUAUUGGAAGAAGCCUAAUUUGGAAUGUACAUGUUUUACCUAUGCAAACAUUUAAUUGAAUUGGAAUGAAUUGAUCGACUUAAGAGUCUAUGAACCAUUGUCUAAUAUCUAUUCUAAGACGGUUGACUAAAUACUUUGCAUUCUCUUAUAGAGGCUGAUGGAUAAGCAGAUUAUUUCAUUUUUUAUAUCUUAAUAAUUAUAUCAACAAUCAAUUAAUUAAAUUAGUGUUAAUAUGUGUUGUAAUUAUUUAAUUUAAAAGUCUGACUCGAUAUUGUAAUAUUUUUUGUUAUAAAAGAAUUGUAUUAUAAAUAAUUGUGAAUAUGCCUAUAAACAGAUGAAGAAAAUAUUGGAAGAAUAAAAUCAAUCGAAUAUAAAAAUUUUAA